AUGGCUGCUACCCAACCGGAUUCCCGAGAUCAACCGUCUCCCGGCCUGACCCUCAGCCUGGCUUCGAACAAUCCAUUUCGCAACCGAGCUGGGUCGCCCUUGCCCAAAAGUCCUUCCUCCCCUUUUGACGAUCCCGCCCCUCAACCACAAUCAUCGUCGUCGCGGCCUCUUUCCAACAACCCUUUUCUUGAUCCAACAAAGAAUCAGAAUCAAAGCCAGAAUCAGAUAUUGAUCCCAGAUCUCGACACGCCGACAGACAAAAUGGCUGACAAGAAUCGCCCUGCGUCCCCUACAAUUGAGGACAUGUUUGCUGGCAUCACAAUUGAUACCAAGGACACCAAGGACACCAAGGACACCAAGGACAAGAAACCGGAUCCACCCCAGCGACCGCCUCCCAUGAACCGUCCAGGCGGCCCGAAGGGCGAGAACAUGCCCCCUCCUGGCCGACGUGGACCUCCUCCAAACCACAGGCCCUCGCGAUCUCAAGAAGAGGCGCUGCGAGCCCGUAGACAACGUUCUACUGGUGAUGGGCCCAACUCCCCUCCUCGACGUGUGGGACCGGGAUCUGGCCGAGGAAGACGGAACUCCGAGUCCUCGGUUUCCGAGAAGCCUGUCCUGACUGAAGAGGAGAAGAAGGCACGCGAGAAGAGGCGCCGAGAACGGGAGGAGCGCAAGCGCCGUGAGGGUCGCGACAGGCCACCGAGGUCUCACAGAGACAUGGACCUCAUCGACAAGCUUGAUGCAACCAGCAUCUACGGCACUGGCCUUUUCCACCACGCUGGUCCCUACGACGCUGUCAUUGCGUCUCGCAACAAAGCCGCCAGCGGCCGCGCGCCGAUGGCUGCUUUCGCCAAGGACUCAGCCAACAUGUCAAUCGGCGGCUCUGGCCCGCUUCAAUCUCGCGCCGACCAUUCCACCUUCAUGGGAAAUGGGACCGAGGAGGCCUUCACCGACUAUGCCACCAGCAUCUCUGGCGCCCCACCGAAGAACAAUAUGGCCCUGUUUGACCCCCACCGUCGCGCAUCAGUCAUCCACGGCGACGAGACCGUGGGUCUAGGGACCUCGACCUUCCUUGAGGGAACCCCGGCUGCUAGGGCCGCCGUGCAAAAGGCAGAGCAGGAGUCUGCUAUGCAGAACCAGGAAAAUGGGCUGGCGCGGAAGAAAUCACUGGCCCAGCGCAUCCGAGGCAUAAACCGACCUCCAAGGGGCGAGUUUGGGCCGUCUGGUCGCUUGACAAACCCUGAUGGCGUCUAUCGCGACCACGCUACCUCCGCCAGCAUGUCUAGUGGUCGCAACGAGACGAACCCGUUCUUUGCCGAGUACGAGCCGAGCAAGGAUGGUGAGGAGCAGAUCACGGUGCGCAAGAUGAGCCAAGCUGGACCAGGCUCUCCGUCCUCCCCACCACUGCCAGGCACUCUUGAGAGACGCUCCACAACCGAUGGACACGAGCAGCAGCCUAAGAAGGGCGGCGGCGGCCUGCUUACCCGAAUGAAGAGCUUGAAGGGAGGCCCCCGAUCUCGUCCCGUUGACAGGGACACCGCAGCCUAG